AUGGAUAUUUACCCAUUACCCAGUUUCAUUACCCAUUUAACGCCGCGUAUCGACGAGGUUUGUGUAUCCUUGCGUCAAUGCGCGACGGAGGUGUCUUCGGAGGUGCUUUCUGAGUCUCAAAAAGCCCUUGCGUUAGACUCUCUCCGCGAUUAUCUUUCUGAGGUGUAUUCCCAUAGCUGUCGGGCUGAUCAUCUUGAUGUAUCUGAACAACAAUUGUCACAACCAUUGCAACUGAAUUGGCGCAAAGAACUUCUAGAUCCUGAUAAGCUUUCGUCGAGAGAACCUCCUGAAAUUCCCCGUAUGGGUUCUGUUGUUAAUGCGUCUUCCACGGAGGGGAAAGGGGAUGUUGCUGGACAUCAGUCCUUUUCUUUUUGCGCCAUUCUGCCGCAGAGUAUCGACGUAGAACGUCUUGGUUAUUCGUGUCGAGGCGCGCUUAGACAUCCCGAUGUCCCGUUGUUGACCUCCAGAGAGGUAUAUCACCACUCGACUUCUUUGUCAGGAGGGAUGCCCAAGGAUGUUAGGGGGUCCUUGCUGGACAUAAUGAGGGGAUUUGAUUCCUUCUUGAGAGAUGUAAUCGUUUCUCUAUCUAGGGAUAGGAACCCCUUAACGGGCUUUAUUUUCAAUGAUGGGAUAGAGGAGAUGGAUCCUGGAGGCGUGCAAUCUGCUGGCACUCCUAAUUUUGGUUUGAACGGUUCUGUAUCUAGCAUUUUCUGUAGUUCCUCUCAUGAAACACUCGAGGCUCCGGCGGUCUGGUUCCACGAUCGCAUGCGGGCUUCUGUAUGCGAGCAUAGUAGUGCGAAACAGAAUCAAGAGAGUACGAGAGCCUGUGGGGAGGCUCGCGGUCUCUCGUCGCCAGGACGUCAUCUCCUCACGGAGCGACGGAUGAGUUCCUCCGCAUCACUUUACAUAAGCUGGGAGGGCGUUCUUAAGACGGGGCGACUUCUUUGUGAUUUUGUUCGCUAUGUCUUGUUCAGUGACGCUGCUCUAUCGCUUUUAACCCCCUCGGUGUGUUUGGAUCGCGGUGGGGCUCCUAAUGAUACACCAGAGAACAACUCAUUAUCGUCUUGUCCAAAGAGUGCCGAAAAUAGUAGUGAUGUGGCCGCACUAUUGUCAGCGCUUGUCGAGCUGCGUUAUACGGUGUACGCUCACGUGAAGGAGCGCAUCCUGGCUGGGAUGCAGGCGUCCUUACCGUCAGUAUCCUCUACAGAAUUGGAUGAGGCCGCGAUGUGCCGUGCCAUGUUGCCAUGGUGGUUGUGGUCGUUUGCGGCUAUGGGCUUACAUGAGAUGGACUUGUCUGAUAAAGGCGCUGCAUGUGAGGGGAGGUGCUUGUCGGAAACAUCUUUUGAACCUCUCGCGUUUCUAAUAAAAUGUACCGAUUACCUCGGGCGACAAACCAUUCGUGCGCAGUUUCACACGGAAGUUGCCUUCAGUGAGCAAAGCCUUUCACUCUUUUUGGAUGCUAAUUCGCACCACGAAAUUAGACCUGGCGGUUCCUUAUCCCCGCUACCACCCAAUGAAGUGGCGCAGUCAAAUCUUCCUGAUUCAGCUUAUGACGUCGUGGCUAUCGGAGAUUCUGCCAUACAAACAGACAUCAGCGCUGGGGCAGAGGUGAAACGCAAGCGCAACCCUGUCGUCAUUCAAGCUUCUUUUGGAUACGCAUCAGCAAUUAAGGGAAAUGGCUCUGAUAGUGAGAAACCCGAUUGUAAACUUUUUCUGCCCAACAACUCUAGGAGCCAGGGAGAAAGUGUUUUGCUGGGGGCGCCGAAAUGUUCCUCUUUAGUUAAUGAUUCAAGCGGUUCUAUUUGCACACAAGGGGCAACUGUGAGCUGUAUGCGUUCGACCCAUUUAACUUUUGAAGACACCACAGACGCAUCUUCAAGCCAAACGAAAGUUUUGGCCAAAGGAAGAAUAGGCGAACAUAGGGCUGCUGAUACCCUCGCUACAUCAGAUGCGACUUAUUGUCCUUUCUACCAUACACAUGGUCCCCAUAAUAUUGCUACUGGAAACAGCUCCUGGAAUAGAGAUCCCAUUUGUGAUCAGCACCUCUCUUUGCAACAAAAAUCCUUGUCUGAGUCAAGCUCUUUAUUUGACAAGGCUAACUUUGAAGAUGUUCGGGAGGGUGAUUGUGAAGGGGACUCACUCUGUCUUUUUAAUUCAUUAGUAGCAGAGGGCGCUGUGAGCUCUGCUAAUAUAGCACUGAACCUUGCCUCGAAGCUAGGGGCUCUGUACACCGCUCAGGAUAUGGAUGCACUUCUAACGUUAUUACCUGAUACUGGUGUUCCUAAGCAAACGAAGCAACAGGUCGCCGCAUGCGAUACUCAAAUACAGAGUAAUACGCUGCCGUCCCACCCACCCUUCAAGAACUUACCCUACCUUGCUAGGGACAUACAUUUUCCCGCGAUUAGUUCUACCCCACCAGCGUCAUCGUUUGGCAGCCCUCUUCAUGACAAUAAACAAUGUGAAGACAAAGAUCCGGAGCUACCAUUGCCAACAGGCGUUUUUCAGCCGCAAAAGACCUAUCAAAUCCUUUGUGAUGGGCAGCUCGGGCACCUGGAUGAGUUUAUGUGCGCCCUCUGCUCCACUCUGCGCCCGGCUUCGAUGCUUGCAUUGGAUGUAAAGGCUUCAUUUGAAAUGUCCAUGCGCAUAUCGCUGAAGUUGCUCAAUUAUAUUUUCACGCAUCAUUUUUCACACCAUCUAGCGUUAUCCCUGUAUAUAGAACCGUCACAACCGCCACAACGAUCUACAAGUGACCUCUCGCCCUGCCCUUUUUGCUUUUUGGAUCCGACGUGGGCGGGUAUGGUGAAAUCCUUAACCGAUACAUGUGCCCGCGCAGCUGCCCAGUCACUAACCGAUCACCACCAUGCUAUACUACAGGAGCUUAUUGAUACCCUCUCCCUACUUGAGGUACAGCGUUUUACUGUUGCCCGUAUUCCCUCUCUGAGAAUCCGCGACGAGGGGCCUGCACCUCACGAAGGCGAUGACGAGGACGGGGGCGGUAACAACUCUGGCGAUCUGCAACCACAGAGCUCUGUGAGAGCAGAUGCGCAGCCGCGUGCUGCAUUUCUUCGUGUGUGGCUUGCCGGUUUCCAGGGCGCCUCUGAGACCGCACAGAACUUACUAAAGUGCGGUUGCAGUUCUCUGAGUCCGUUUGAGACUAUUGUUUGGUACUUGGCUGGUCUGGCAGAUUACCUGGUUCAGGUAGAGCAGCGAACCUGGGGACUCCUGAAUGGAUCUACGAGCAUAGUUCAUGAUAACACCUUCACUUCGUUACCUUUAAUUCCGCCGCAUCUCACGCAGGGAGCACUGCUUGGGGAAGUGAUUCUCCCAGUUGAAUUUCUCAACUCCAUUGUGAAAUUUAUGGGAACAUUGGCUAGCUUAUUUACGUGUAAUAUUUCAUGGGAAAUAAUGUGGGCGGAGGAGAGGCUAAACGACUUGAAUGGUGGUGCUGAGAGCGUGGGAGACAGUGAUAAUGAUGAAAUGUACUCUUCUCAAAGUUUUAUCUACAUUUCUGAACCUCAACGCAUCGCAAGGAGCCUAGACAACCUUCGAAGCGGGAACUUCCACUGGAUUAAGCUGUGCAUACACUACUUUUUGGAAAUUAUUGACGUGCUACUCCGAUGCUCGAUACAUCUCCCAGAGAAACCAUUCUUCUUGUAUGCUCUUGUAGCAGGACUGUCGUGUUGUGCGCCAGCAGAUGAUAAAAGGCCAAGUGACGACUCUGGUGCGCAACAGCAACAUGACGUAUCAGCGUUGGGACCUCAUCCUAACGAUUUUAUUGCCGUCGCGUGGCAUCGUGCCUUAUUUAGUGCGGAUUCUUGCCUCACUCAAAUACACCACUUUGUCAGCAAUUAUAGCUGUGCUGUUGUUCAAAAGUCGCUGAACAAAACCUUGUCCGUUCACGCGGGCAUGGAAUUGGUGGUAUGCCAAAGCAAGUCUCACCCUAACGGUACCACGGGUGGUGCGGCUGCUAGUGAAGGCAAAGCUACGCCCUUUCAUAAAUCUACACAACUUGAAUCGAUGGCGCACGAUAGGUGUGGCGCUGUGUUGUUUCCUCCAAGACAAUGUUCAAGCCAUUUUAUAAAUUUACAAACCACUAUAUACAAGAAUCCUUAUAGGUCGAUUCAGAGCGCUGUUUCAACUAUGUGCUGGCCCACAGAAUCGUUCCAACAUCACUGCCGCGUACAACGUAUCCUCGAGCACACCCAACUUGUUGCCAACUUCCUGGCGGAUGGGCCAUUAAAAGCACUGCAACGCAUUCUGCAUGGUCGGGAGGAUAACAGCGACGGCUGUGUGCAUCAUAUAAAUCGAGCAAAUGAAGCUGGACCCCUUCUGUUUUCUAGUGUUGCAUUGCUGCUAGACGUUGUGAGCGGCCCCUACGCACAGCUCCUGUCCCUCUCAUGUGGUGGACAUUUGUCAAGUAUUCUUCCGUGUAGGUGUAGCUUUAUUCAGGGCAGCCCAUCUUUGGAAGCUGAAGGACAGUCCGACCACAUACACUGUUCCGAUUAUACUUGCUUAUCGAGAAAUUCACUGAAAAGUUGCCUCGCCGCCACGUGCGACGGGUUGUGGCUGAGCACAUGCCUCCUUGAGCUUCUUUCUUCCGCCGCCGCCCCGAUAAACUACAUGCAGUAUUCAAUUUUUACAGAAAAACGGAGGGCGAAUGGGUUUCCCACAUCAAUUACAGACGCGGGUGUUCAGGAGCACCACCGGAUUCUUCGUUUACUAUUUCAGAAUACGUUUUCUGUUCUUCCGAGUUCAUCAUCUUCAACCUACGUUCAUCUCUUAUUUCUACGCAUCGUGCAUGUAUUUUAUUCCAAUCUCCAGCUCAAGAUCGGUAAAAAUGACAAUACAGAAGACAUCGAUUUGUGUAGCUUACCUUACCCGUACUCAUUUUAUCAGCCUUUGCUUGAGCAUUGGCAGCAGUAUUGCCAGUCGUUGUUGCGUGCUCUUCGUGUAGUGUGCUGGUAUCACGGGAAAGCAUAUCAGACAGCGCAUAGGUUGCACAUUCCAAGUGUGCUUACUCGUUUUUUGCUCAGCCUAUCGAUAGAAAACCCCGUUGAUGCACCCAGAAUAUUCUCCGAAAUGGAGAAUACAUCUCCCUCGUAUCCAGGGCCUACUCUGGUAGGGCUGGUUGGGCGCUCAGGAAUUGAGCGCAGAUCGGGAAAUGCUUCGAGUAAAAUAAGUGCGCCAAGUGAUACAGCUACUUUUAGUGGCCACAAGGACCGGUGUGGGACUAAGGCUCAGGGGAAGGGAAGACGUCCCAUGUGGCAGGGAGAGCACAAACAAAAAUCUGACAGUGUUAGUGGUACCGGCGCCAGCGCACAUGGGAGCUUGAUGCCAGCUUUCUCUACUCCAAUAGGUACGAGCGGUGCACGAUUACUAAAGGGAAAGGAUUUUGAUCUUCCAAGUCCAUCUUCUAAGCAAAGCGCUCCUCCUGUUGGUUGCUCAUCAGUUUUGCUGCCUGCUAACAGUUCCCCACUCGCCGACGACAGUGUUUUGGUGCCAAAAUUACACCUUGCUGAUUUGGAGGUUCCACAUCAUUCCAGUUCUUUGACUCAUACCCAAGUCCCUGUGGAGCGUAUUGUUUCAACGGUCGCGAGUUAUACUUCUUGUGGGAAAUCAAAAACACAAUGGCUUGGUGUUGACGAUAGGCUUGUGAUGCGGCUGUCGCCGUCCAAGAUGGCGAGUUCGCUUCUUGCCAAGGACUCACACAUACACGGUUUGAUGGAUUCCGAUCUCAGGCUAUCCCACAAGGUCCCUUUGCAGUCUACUUGCGGAGCGCUCAGGAGCAACUCUGAUUGUCUCAGACAAAUUAUAAAGAAACAUUCCACAUGUGAUAAGAGCGAGUCCAAGAGAAAGGAUGGCACAGCGUGCAUGGGUAACGACGGCACCACUUUACGGAGGCCAAUCGUACCGCCUCUUUUCGAGAUCGCGACUCAUAUUGACCCAGCACUGAUGCCACUGAGUGGUGGAAUGAGCUCCUUAAAUAGAGUGAAUUCCUCACCCAAGGGGCCCAUUGUAAACUAUUAUAGCGGGAGAGCUGCUCAUACACCACCGUCUAAUGCUUCCUCUCCUAACGGCUUUGUGGAUUCCACAUUUUCGACUGCGGCAGGCCUCACCCUUAUGAAGUCUCCAUCUAUCUUGACUGAGCUCAUUUUGUGCAUCAGUGGCUUAGUGCUUCAGCGCGAGAGUGGUUUCAUCGGGUAUGACUUCACCGUCUCCUCCUUGGUGCAGAACCGUUUGCUACCAAGCCACACUACAACGAAGCCAGAGAACAUUUUCUGCUUUGGAAGCGGGAUGAAUGAGGCCUUCCCUACACAAGGGUGUCAAUGUGUGACAGUCGCUGACGCAAUAAGUACUCCUCAAGCGUUGGCUGGUAUUCAUGUACUAGGUGAUCUGCAGUGCUACUUACACCGGCAUUGCUGUGAGUCGGUGGUCCGUGCCGUUAAUUCAUGGUUGGAUCAGCAAUACGGCAAAAUGCUAGCGCAGCUAGCAAAGACCCAGCUUUCAUCAGGUGCCCAGUGUCGGUUCUUUGACAGCUUAUUGCAACAAUUCGUGAUGGGUAAUGAUGAAGUAUACAACAGCUCUAUUCACACGUUACUAAACCAGACGGACACUCUGUUUGAGCCCCUCUCGAGUGGACACUAUGUGUUACUGCGGCUGCUCUUACCACGACGCGAUUGGCUGCGUAAUUUUCCGGUAUGUCGUCGCAUCGGAGCAGGUGGGUUCGGCUCGGUGUACCGUGCUGCGCCAUUGUUGCCGCAGCUGAACAUGCUUAAAGGUGCCGGGGUCGAGUCGUGCAGUCUUGUAGAUCGGCACGAGGCGGAGGCUGUUUCUCUAUUCGCAACCGGGAAUCUAGCUAUAAAACUCAUUCCGGUUGCUUUCCAUGGUGGUAGAAGUGCUUCCUUGUCUCUGUGUCACUCUGAAGUUUUGGCGCUUUACCGAUUGCGCGGCCAUCCGCACAUCAUCUCGUUACUGUCAUUUGGCUGCUCAGGCGAAGAAUUUUUUAUUAUGACUCCGGAGUAUACAGGUGGAUCGCUCCUGUCUUGGCGUUUGGAACAGUAUCUGGUUGGCUUCGGUGCACUCAGCGAGAAAAUUCACGCCACAUUUAUUUCCGAUACAGAUGAUGCCUCGUCACCGCGAGGGGGUACCCCGCCGCCAUAUAUCCCGUCAUUCUUUUCACAAUGUGCACGCGUCUUCACGCAGGUGUUGAUGGCGGUAGAGUUCGCCCACCGCCACAAUAUUAGGCAUGGUGAUCUUAAGGCAGCUAAUGUCUUCAUCGAAGAGGAGCUGCGAUUCACGCCGGAAAGGAGCGACAACGGGGACGCCAAAAGCCAUAGUGAUGAUACUUCAGCAGGUGGGAAUGCGUCCCUUCAGAAAGGCUCGACUGCACUACGGAGGCAAGUUUUCAGCCUUCCAACGAUGGUACGACUGGGUGAUUUCGGCUCUUGCGACAGCUGCGACGAGGAGGACAUGCGCAUGCUUUUCUCCGAUGUGGCGGCAGGCGAGGCGCGCUUUAUGGCAGCCCGAUGGGGAAGCGCAAAGGGUACGGAAGCGGUCCAACCACCAGAGGUUAUGGUCCCAAGACGGCGGUAUCAGAUCUUUCGUGGAUUUCUGAAUGAUUAUUUCAAUCAGGGCGUUCCCAGACAGGAACAUGACUCUGGCGACGAUAGAUUUGAUUGCCCUCUCUUUUGCGAGGUACCUGAUGCGAAUCCUAAUAGCGGGGGUCCUUUUGAGGGAACUGACUCGCCCAGAACCCACGAAACCGGCGGCAAGCUCGAAAAUCUUUUAAAACGAAUGCAACGAGUAGAACUAUCCGCUGAUAUAUGGGGUUGCGGAUGCCUCCUUUACGAGCUUCUGACUGGUUGCAUGCUUUUUGGAGGGACUCGCCUUGGUAAUCUUGCAGUACUAGCUAAUGCCGCUCCACAUAAGCUGCUUGCCAAUAGCUUUAGCUGUUACGGUGAUACUGCUGGACCUCAUGACAUGUUUCAUUCGGAUUGUUCUCCCACUACUGAUUGCAAAGCAUCAAGGCACGUGACUCAUAAUACUCGGCGCUAUUGUGCAGCACAAGGGUCUGCUCUAGGCACGGCUCUUAAUGAGCAAGAGCAGCACGAUUUAGCCAAGUCAGUAGGUAAAGUAGUGCUUGAGUUUCUAUGCCAGUUGCUCAGUUUGGAUCCACUAGAGAGGCCAACUUCACCUGAGGCGUUGCAUCGUUGGGUGGAAAUCACCCGUGAAAGCUAUCCCAACUUUGAAUAG